CUCUUGAGGUACGGUCCACGAUCCACCUGAACUCCCUAUUCCGUUAACUUAUAUGUAACAGGUGGGACCCGGUCUGUUUUUUAAAACCGUUACAGUCCUCAAAUAGAGUGGUGAUAAUGAGUUUGAGAUAUCGAUAAUAUAUCCAUAUAUAUCAAAAAAGUGAUCUAAAAUUUAUACAAUUUAUUGAUUGGUGCUUUAAAGAUGUUACCAACAUAAAAUAAUUUUUAAUAUUAUAAAUUAUUUUAAUUAAAAAUAAACCACAAAGUGAAAUAUUGUCACUUACGAUGGAUAUGCAGGCAUCAUCAAAUCUUAGCCAAGAAGGGCUCGAAAAUAUUGAACAUCCACUUCAACAUCAUGUCAUCCACCAACCACAGGGUCCUAACAGUACCCAUAGCCAAGAACUAUCACAGAUAUCAAAUGCGAGCCAGCAUUUGCAACACCACCAGCUUUCAAAUCAACACAUACAGGCUAUUUCGCCGACAUUGCACAAUCUACAGAAUUCUUCGACAUGUGAUAACCUGACCAUUCAUGUUAGCACACAUCAUGAUCAUAUUCAGCGUACAAGCAUCUACACCUCAACAAAUAUGAAUGAAAAGUCUAAAGUCAACAAGUUUGACGCAUAUUCGAACAGAAUAUUAAACGGUAUGGCAGAAGUCCCAACGGCACCGUCAGUAGGCAAUGUAAUGUCACAAGGCCAAGAAUGGAUAAAUGCUAUGAACGAUGCGCAAAAUGCAGCUGAAGACUCUCAUAGCUCCCAAGGAAGUAUUUCGGGUGACGGUCAUGGUGGAGUUAAUCAGCUGGGAGGAGUUUUUGUUAACGGGCGCCCCUUACCUGAUGUUGUUCGACAGCGUAUUGUAGAACUAGCUCAUAAUGGCGUCCGACCGUGUGAUAUAUCACGGCAAUUGCGUGUGAGUCACGGCUGUGUAUCCAAAAUUUUAUCAAGAUAUUAUGAGACUGGUAGUUUUAAGGCUGGGGUAAUUGGUGGAUCCAAGCCAAAAGUAGCCACUCCCCCAGUGGUUGAUGCUAUUGCCAACUAUAAACGGGAAAACCCUACCAUGUUUGCGUGGGAGAUACGUGAUCGGCUUUUGGCGGAAGCUAUAUGCACCCAGGAUAAUGUCCCCAGUGUUUCUUCUAUAAACCGUAUUGUACGAAAUAAGGCUGCAGAGAAAGCAAAGCACGUUCAUCACCAUCAAACGCAUCAUGUACCCUCAAGCCUUAGUGGAGCACCUGUUACCACGGAAAGUCUCGAUGGGAGCACAGGUACAAAUGGAGACCUUCAGGCUCCAUGUGCAGCUACUAGCAACGGAAGUGCUAAUUCGACAAAUACAAACUCAUCGUCAAAUACAAUUCCUCUCGUCCCUGCACCGACAACAUCUACUGCUGAUUCGACCCAAGUUGCAAGCGGUCAACUUAACAGUAAUAGCAAUGCAACUCUUAAUCAUACAGUACACGAACAACGCACGACCGGAUAUAGCAUAAAUGGUAUUUUAGGCUUACAACAUGGCCAUCUUUCCCAUAACAACAAUAAUAUAAAUAGUGCCAACAACAACGGAACAACGGAUCCUAAUUGCAAACGCAAAAGAGUAGAAGUUCAUGAUGAGAAUCGGAACACAAAUUCUUUCUCAGAUGAUGAGCUAAAAAGACAACGAACGGAAUAUAACAACGACCAAGUUUAUCCUAAUAUAUGGUCAGGUAAAUGGUGUAUUAAAGAUGAACAUAAGUUUCUCACGGAGUUGGGAAAUUUAGCAGGAAGUGCAAAUAGCGCAGUGUCAUACUAUGAAGCAUCUAACGGAUAUUCAGCAAGUACGUUAGCAGGAUCUAACACGACGCUACCUGCCAAUGAUACAUCAAUUUUGUACGAUAAUGUUGCAACCAUUUCUCAAGCACAAGGCUCACUCUAUACCCAAGCCAUCGGUCAAUCACUGGGAAAUCAUUCAUUGACACAGUUAAUGCCUAUAAGUUUGCAUGAUAUGAAAAAUUGCGCCAACACAGUACAGGAACAAUCAGUCUCCCCUUUCUACACAGCUUUAGCCUUCGACGCAAACUACACGCAACUGUCUUUAUUAGAAAAUGAGUCAAUAACCUCAGGCAUGGCGCAAGAAAACAUUACUUCAACGGAAUCUUCCGACGCAGAUAAACUAAGCCGCAUAAAUUCCUCUAGAAUUAUGUACGCCCCUCCUGAAAGAAAUUUUAAUCGUGAAAUUCUUACAAGAGAAUCAAAUGUAGAAGUGGAUGAAUCAAAUGGACGAAAUAAAAGGACACAAUCUGAAAAGCGCAGUACCAAGACAAACUUACAGGAAAGUAACCCCAUAAACUUUACGCAUGUUCAAGAGUGUACAGAAGAUAUUUUAAGGGAAAGCAGUCCAAUUGAAAAUUGUACUACAAAUGCCCCCUCUCUUAUUCUUCUUCAACCGAGCGGAGGAACGUCAUCUUUAUGUGUUAAUGCGCCUGAUAACCCUUUAGAAAUUGAAACUGGCCUAAAUAAUAAUGUAGGCAUUUAUUCAUCAGCAACACCAAUGCUACCGAGUUUUAAUAACUACACCUCAGGCUGUACUUCUGUUGUACCCAGUUCAGAUUACGCGUAUAAUCCAGCGUAUACGCAAUAUGGUGGCGCAUAUGGAUCAUAUGGAUAUGGGGCCAGUGGAGGCCUAAUAAAUUCAUCAUACUACUAUGAAAGUGGACAAACACAAUCGGCAUUAACUCAAGAACUCCGAUCACCAUUAGCCGCAACACGAGCCAACUCAUUAGUAUCGGCUGCAUCGCCUGGAAGCGGUAGCGCCUGCACCAAAUCGGAAGCCUCAGACAUAUUUCUUGUUUAAUUAUUGCUUCAAAAAUUCAACUUCAAACUUUUAUUAAUGCUUUUUAGCUAAUAGUUUUUUAAGUAGAGUAAGCAGACUCAUUACCAUUUUCUUGCAGCAUUAUAAAUUUUUCUGAGGCAUAUUUUGAAGAUUAAAUCAAAAAUAUACUAAGGUCAUUUACCAUUUGUAAAAAGGUAUCAUUUAAGAAAAUAAAACUUAUAUGAGAAUUAUUUUUUCUUUCAAUUGUUUAACCCAUUUAAAUAGAUACCUUAAAAUCAUACUCAAUAUCUGAAUUUGCAUUUAUUUGUUUAAGUUACAUGUUAUAAUGUUUGCAAUAUUGUAAAGAAAAUGAAAGGACUGCCCAAAAGUUAGAAUAUAAUUUUCUUCUCACGCUAUGACAAAAAAAAACCAAACAUCCACUACGGAGAAACCAACCAAAAAUCGUAGGAGUUUUAUAAAAACUUAUUAUGUUUAUUAUAAUUUUUAUACCUAAUGAUAUUACUGUAAAAGUGUAAAGUUAUAUAAGUACAUUAUAAGUUUAUAAUUUGAAAGUGAACUUAAAUUAUAAUACCUUAAAUUAAUUAAAUUAUACAUAUACACCCAAAAAAUGAUCAUGACUUGAAAACUAUUAUUACAUAAAUG